AUGAAUAGAGAGAUUAACUUAUUUCUAGGGCUUCAGGUGAAACAAAUCCCUAAGGGGAUAUUCAUUCAUCAAGAAAAAUACACCUCAGAACUGUUGAAGAAAUAUUCUAAGGACAACUGUUUUUCGUCUAAGGUCCCCAUGGCCUUUGGUUAUAAGAUCUUUGCUGAUCCCUCAGGCGAAUUUGUGGAUCACAAGACUUAUAGAGGUAACAUUGGCUCUCUAAUGUACCUUACCGCUAGCCGAACAGACAUUGUCUCUGCAACUGGUGUAUGUGCAAGGUAUCAGGCUAACCUAAAAGUGUCACAUAUGACCGCAGCCAAAGAAAUACUUCGAUACCUCAAAGGAAGCAAGUCUCUUGGUCGAUGGUACCCCGUAAGCAACAUUUCAGUCUUCAAGCUUUUACAGAUGUGGAUCAUGCCUGAUGCAGACUAG